AUGGCCAUAAUCACCCCAACUGUCCGUCCCUUGCAGCCCCCUCCCGGCUCAAGCAUCAACUUUGGAGCGCAGGUGGACGGCCUCGACCUGGAGAACCUGACGGACGACCAGUUCGCGGCCGUGCGCAACGCUCUCUACCAGCACCAUGUUGUGGUGUUCAAGAACCAGAGCAAGCUUUCUCCCAAGGCACAGUACGAGUUGACCAAGCGAUUCGACCCCGCAGCCGACAACUACGGCCACGGCAAGACGCUCGAUGCGAAACGCAGUAUUCUGCACCCGGACCUCAAGACCAUUCCCCACCAGCCUCAGGUCCAGGUCAUCGGAAACGGCUUUGUGCCCUCCUACGAGGGGCUCGAGAAUAUUCAGUUGAAGCACCCCCACCACCGGACUUUCCACAAGGACCACAUCCCCGACGACAAAGACUACGACUUCACGCGCUUCUAUCGCUGGCACAUUGAUGCUGCUCUGUACGACUUAUACCCCCCCAUGGUGACCACCCUCCUAGCCGUCGAGGUUCCCAAGGGCCGCCGACAGACUUUGCUCUACGACGACGGAAGCGACGAGACCCUCGACGUCCCCCUCGGCACCACCGCGUUCGUCAGCGGCGAGAACAUGUUUGACCUGCUCUCCGAGGAAGACAAGGAGUUUGUCAAGACCAGCAAGGUCGAAUAUGCCCCACACCCAUACAUCUGGAUGAGUCAGGCUCACUCACUGUCCACGGGACUGGGCUUACACUCCGAAGGGCUGGAGUUGCCCGAGUCAGACCUGCCUCCUAUCGACGAGAAGAAAAUCAUGAAGUUCCCGAUGGUCUGGAAGAACCCGGUCACUGGCAAACUGGCCCUACAAAUUCACCCCUCGGCUGUCCGCAAGAUCCACUGUGCGGACGGUGUGGUCAUCGAUGACUUGGCCACGGUCCGCGAGAUCGUCUAUAAGAUGCAGCGACCGGCUAUCAGCCCCCAACACGUUUACGCUCACGACUGGGAAGAAGGUGAUCUGGUUCUGUUCAACAACCGCGGAGUGAUCCACUCCGUGGUGGGAGCUUUUAAGCCGGAUGAGGUCCGCUUGUUCAGACAGUGCAACCUGGCUGCCUCUGAAGCUCCGAUUGGGGCAUGA